CUUUUUUUUUUAAAGAUAGCUUCCUCUCUCUCACACACACACACACAGGUGAUAAUGGGAACCCACUUUGUUCCGCUGGGAGACCACUUGGCGCUGCAGUGCGCCUCUUGGACACUGCGCUGCGCACUCGGCGCUCAAACCUCCCUCCCCCUUCUCCCCUCCCCACCAGCUCUGAGAGCGCACGACAAGAAAAGAGGACGUUCAUUCAUCCUCCCGCGUGCCAGACACGCCGAUGCUCGCCAUUCCCUCCCCGACGUCUCCGAGCGGACACCGAGCGACCCGCCCGAUCUGAGCCGGAGGUCCGAUCAUCUCCGCACCGGGGCGGUCCGGUCCGGUCCCUCCAGCCCACUCCUCCUCCUGUCCGAGCAGCAGGCAGCGCUCCGGAUGCUGGACGAACGACCGGAGAGUUGUGACCAAGUGUGAGAAGCCGUGUCUCCGGGACAAUGAUGGAGGGGACGUCCCUGUGUCUCCCUGUUGUUGUCCUACUCCUGCACUGUUCCCCCUCCGUUCCUGUUACCGUGUCGACCACCAAGUCUAAAGUGGAAGUGGAGGAGUUCUCAGAUGCAGUGCUGUCGUGUUUGUUCCACACGGAGAAAGACCCGUUCCCACGCAUCGAGUGGAAGAAAACGGGGAAAGAUGUCUCCUUUGUGUUCUUCAACGGACAAUUCAGAGGCUCCUUCGAGGACCGAGCAAGCAUCGCCGGAGCGACCGUGACGCUGCACAAGGUGACCCAGGAGGACGCUGGAGAGUACCGCUGUGAGAUCAGCGCUUCUCUAGACACCGUCAGCCUGGGAGAGACCAACGUCACGCUCAAAGUCCUAGUGCCUCCACACACCCCGUUCUGUGAAAUCCCCACCUCGGCGGUGACGGGCUCAGGGGUGCAGCUGCGCUGUCGGGACCAACAGAGCGUCCCACCUGCUACUUACUCCUGGUUCAAGGACAGCAGGCGGAUCAGCGUGCCCCACCAUGCUAAUGCAACGUAUCUCAUCAACUCCCACACGGGAAUACUGGAGUUUAAAUCUGUAACCAAAGAGGACUCUGGCCGCUACAGCUGCCUGGCGUCAAACGGGGUGGGAUCGCCCAAAAUGUGUGAGGGCAAGCACAUGACAAUAGAGGACGUCAACGUGACGGCGGUGGUAGCCGUAGUGAUGGUGGUCUGUCUACUCGUCGUGGUCUGCGGCUGCGGCGGGGUCCUUUUGCACCGGAAUGGCUUCCUCACCCGACACAGAGGGAGGUCCUUUUGGAUCUCCCAGUGCCACGGCGCGGCCCACAUCAGCAGCCAAACCCUACACAGAACUGAAGACACGUCCAAUGUCAACUACAUCCCACCACCUCAAGAGCCCCAAGAUUUCAAACACACACAAUCAUUCAUGCUGUGAGAAGCUGGCCUUCCUUCGAUGUACAAUGACACACCCCUAAAAUGAGGUGCCAACACUGGAUUAUUUUUUGCCCAUCUGGAUUCAGAUUGAGCUUUUGAUCAUCAAACGUAAGAAAUCUCAGUCUCUUUCCUCCUCUGCUCAUUUAGGCUUUUUGAAUGCAAGUUACAAGGCUUCUUGUUUUUCUCCACUUUUAAGGGACUAUUUCAUUUUUAUGGUAUUUUGCUGCCCCCUGCUGGUCAGAUACUACAAUUAGUCAUUAAGGAUGAGCGGAUUUAGUUUGUUUUUUACCAAAGGAAGCUAAUCAAAGGGAGAAUUUGAGAAACCAUAGUUUGGUUUUUGAAAACUCAGACUAAAAAGCAGCUUACCUCUAUUGUCUCAGGCCCCGGCGUCAUUAUUACUGGGGUAAUGAGAUUUUAAUCAGCUAAUUCCACUGAGACCAGUCCCAUUCCAUCCUGAUGUGCCUGCAUGGUCUUGUUUCUUUUUAUAAAUAUACUCCUGUAUCUACAGUAUACCUUGUGCCUUUUUAAUUUCUCAUUUAUCUCUGGAUCACUUUUUUGUAAAAGAACUUGCCUUACUUUUCUGUCUUUAUAUAUUCUUGUGCCACAGUUUAUUAAAUGAGGUGUGUUGACUGUG